UACGAAGGCUGCGGGGGGAGACGGAAAAUAACUCAACAACCGACGAGCGCAGUGAGAGAACGCCGAGCCGCCGCCUUGCCAUCUCAAGCCUCUAUCUCUCGCCAGGAAGCAGUCGCCUAUCCCAAAGCCUACGUGUGUGCAGGUACAGCGUGCAUUCUAGCUGUUCUUUCGUUGCAUGUCCUCUUGCUGCUACAGCAGCAACAGUGGAUACCUUUUUCUCUCUGUCGACGAUUCGUCCGGACACUUUAAUUCCGCCCUCUUUUGCGCCGUCCCGUGUGCAGUUUUCGCUGUUUGACGCGCACAUUGAGAUAAUUUAAGUGGUUGGGCGGACCGUAGGCGGUCGCAGAGGGAGAAAUAUUGCUUACAUCACGGCUGUACUGACUGGUACUGUGUUAUUUUUUUCUGUUGGGUAACGCUGGCAGAGUUGUAACUCUUCAACAGAAUGGCUCGUCAUGAGAACCCUUUCGAUAUGCAGAUCAAACUGCUGAUGAUCGGUGACAGCGGUGUGGGGAAGACGUGCUUGCUGCUGCGCUACGCCAAUGACUCGUUCUCUCCGACAUUUAUCACGACCAUCGGCAUCGACUUCAAGAUCAAGAACAUAGAGCUGGACAACAAGAAGGUGAAGUUGCAGAUCUGGGACACAGCUGGCCAGGAACGCUUCCGCACCAUUACGACGUCAUAUUUCCGCGGCGCGCAGGGUAUUUUAUUGGUGUAUGACGUCACUGACCGUGCAUCCUUCCAGAGCAUCCGUAACUGGGUGGGUCAGAUCCAACAGCACGCCGACGUGCAUGUCAACAAAAUCCUCAUUGGCAACAAGUGCGAUAUGACCGACGACAAGGUCGUAAGCACUGAAGAGGGUCAGGCAUUAGCGGACGAGUACGGAGUCAAGUUCUUCGAGACGAGUGCGAAGAACAAUAUCAACGUGGAAGGCGGCUUCAUCGAGAUCGCGCGUGAAGUGAAGAACAGGCUCAUGGAAGAGGGCGGACCGCACAAGAAGGACAGCGUCAACCUCAACGCAAAACCGGCACCUGUGAAGAAGGGCUGUUGCUAAGCCUUUCAGUCAGUUUGCUUGGGUUUGGUGGCGUCGCAGCUUGAUAACGCUCGCUCGCUGCUCCUCCACGUAUGCAUCCUGCCUUACUAUAGCUAAAACUUCUACUCAACUACUCUUUUUUCAUCGGUUAUGUCGAUCAUCAUGCUUAGUAUCACUUCCUGCUCAAAUAUUGAAUGUUUGUCUAGCUCU